AUGGCUGGUCAUUUUGGCCAGUCCUCAGUGGUGAAAACUGGCUUAAUGGCCACUUAUUUCACACUUCAUAGGCCAUUGUUCCAUGUGGGAGCGCGAAUUCGGUGCCAUUCGAGCUUAGCCGCCAUUAAUCGGUGGUUCGACACAGCGCCGUCACGCCGUUUUAGCAGUCGUGUCGUUCCACCCUCCCAAUCGCACACACCUAAGGCUACACAAAGUCGCGAUGGACGCGAAGAUAAGUUCAUGUACCUUCAAACCAGGUUCUCGCGCACCCCGGUUGUCAAUCCGCUCAAAGAGGCGGACUCUAUAGGAACUACUCUGCUCGGAGUUUUUAUCGCAUUGUUCGGGAUCACGUUUGCCUGCGUGCCUCUUUACGAGUUCUUCUGCCAGCAAUCCGGCUACAUGGGCACCACUAAGAGGGUGAAGACGUACAAGCCUCCUCCGGACGAUCGUGGCGGGCGCAUGUUUGAAAUUGACUUCGUGACUCAUUCUCAUUUGAAGUGGGAUUUCAAGCCUGCGCAGCGCAGCGUGGUGAUAGGGGCCGGUGAGACGACGCUUGCAUUCUACACCGUGAAGAACCUCACUGACAAACCCGUGAUCGGCGUGGCCGCGUAUCACGUCAUCCCUGACGAGGCUGGCGGCUUUUUCAACAAGAUCCAAUGUUUCUGUUUCGAGGAGCAAAUGCUUCAUCCAGGCGAGGAAGUUGACCUACCGGUGCUUUUCUUUUUGGACCCCGACAUUUUGAAGGACAAGCAUGGUGUCGAUAAGAUAACCCUGACGUACACUUUUUUCGAGGCCAAUUCAGAAAUUCCGCCGGAGUACACCACGUUAUUAAAGCGUAUGUUCGACCCAUCAAUAUGGGCCCGCCACAUUUUGCUAUAG